AUGUUAGAAACUGAGGGGGGUGACGUUGCUGCUGACGACGCGGCGGCCCCUCGCCGCUUUCCACGCUUGGAGACCCCUCCGGGUUUUCCACCUCGACCGUCUUCGCCGCCUCUGCAGCCGGUUGCUGUCGACUCUGGUGCUGCUGGGGGUGGUGCUGCUCGGGGUGCUGUGUCUGGUGGUGCUGAGCGUGAGGGUGCGGAGCCUGGGGGUGCUGAGCAUGAGCGUGCGGAGCCUGGGGGUGCUGAGCCUGAGCGUGCGGAGCCUGGGGGUGCUGAGCCUGCGGGUGCGGAGCCUGGUGUUGCUGAGUUCGGGGGUGCUGCGCCUAGCUCCGCCUUCGGAGUGUCGCUGCUGGAGCUGGAGGCCCUGGAGCUGCUAGCCUUGGAGGUGCCGGAGGUGCUCGUACUGGAGGUACUGGAGGUGCUCUCUCACCACAGUCGCCGCGCGAGUGGUACGCUCAGCAGCUCCGCCUUCGGAGUAGCGCUGCUAGAGCUGGAGGCGCUGGAGGUGCUAGUCUUGGAGGUGCUGGAGGUACUGUUGGAGGUGCUGGAGGUACUGGAGGAGAUGGAGCUGUUAGUCCUGGAGGUGCUCGUACUGGAGGUACUGGAGCUGCCGGAGCUGGUGGUGCUGCCAGUACUGGUGGUGCUGGUGGUGCUGGCACUGCUGGUCCCGGAGGUGCUCGUACUAGAGGUACUGGAGGUGCUCUCUCACCACAGCAGCUGCGCGAGUGGUACGCUCAGCGCUGCCACCUUCGAAGUGGCGCUGCUGGAGCUGGAGGCGCUGCGGCUGGAGACGCUGGAGCUGGAGGCGCUGGCGCUGGAGGCGCUGGGGCUGGCGGCCCUAGAGCUGGAGCUGCUGGUCCUGGAGGUGCUAACACUAGAGGUACUGGAGCUGUCGGAGGAGGUGGUGCUGCUCGUGCUGGAGGUGCUGGUGGUACUGGCACUGCUGGUCCCGGAGGUGCUCGUCCUGGAGGUGCUGGAGCUGCCGGAGCUGGUGGUGCUGCGGGCUCUGGAGCUAGAGGCGCUGUCGCUGGAGGCACUGACGCUGGAGGUUAUGGAGCUGCUGGAGGCGCUUGAGCUGCUGGUACUCGUACUGGAGGUGCUGGUGCUGGUGAAACUGGUGCUGGUGGUACUGCACAGCCGCGACUGUUCUUCGCUCCGCCGUCACCGUCGUCUCUGCCACCGCCUGACUCGGUACUUCGCCAGGUUCUUAGCCUUCCAUCUUCUACUGGCCUCCCGUUACAGCCAGGCUCUUCACUGCCUGCUCCUUCUCCUUACACUGAGCCAAUAG